UGUUGCUUGCCUUUGGAGAAGAAAAAUAGAGGGUUUAAGGGGGCGUAUGAAAUGAAAUGAACUGAAGCAUUUCACAAAAAGUUGCUUUCAAAUUCAAGAAAUUUCCUCGGAACCGCCUCUCCCGCGAAGACGAAGAAGCAGCAGCAGCAGCAUGAGGAUUGCAGUGGAAGGUUGCAUGCACGGCGACCUCGACAAUGUCUACAAAACUCUCCAACACAUAGAGAAAGUUCAAGGCAUUAAAAUCGACCUUCUUCUCUGCUGUGGCGACUUUCAGGCUGUUAGAAAUGAAAACGAUCUGAAGAGCUUAAAUGUGCCCCCGAAAUAUCGGUCCAUGAACUCCUUCUGGAAGUAUUACUCUGGAGCUGAAGUCGCUCCCUAUCCUACUAUUUUCAUUGGUGGAAAUCACGAAGCGUCUAAUUAUCUGUGGGAAUUGUACUAUGGAGGGUGGGCUGCGCCUAAUAUUUACUUCUUGGGCUUUGCUGGUGUAGUCAAGUUUGGAAAUAUCCGUAUUGGUGGGCUGUCUGGGAUUUAUAAGGCACGCAAUUAUCAUUUAGGUCACCAUGAGAGGCCUCCGUACAAUGAGAAUACUAUAAGAUCUGUUUAUCACGUCCGUGAAUAUGAUGUUCAGAAGCUUAUGCAACUUGAGGAACCCAUUGACAUUUUUCUUUCCCAUGAUUGGCCAGUUGGCAUCACUGAUUAUGGAGACUGGGAGCAACUUGUUAGGUCCAAACCCUUUUUUGAGAAGGAGAUUCAGGAAAGAAGUCUUGGGAGUAAGGCUGCUGCCGAGUUGCUGGAAAAGUUGAGACCACCUUAUUGGUUUUCAGCCCACCUGCACUGUAAGUUUGCUGCUCUUGUGCAACAUGGUGAAGGUGGCCCUUUGACAAAAUUUCUUGCGCUUGAUAAGUGUCUCCCUAGGCACAAAUUUUUACAGGUUUUUGAGAUUGAAACAGAACCUGGACCUUAUGAGAUUCAUUAUGAUGAAGAAUGGUUGGCAAUAACACGAAGGUACAAUGCAAUCUUCCCAUUGACGGCCAGAAAUGCAAAUUAUGGAGGUGUACAACUUCAAAUGCAAGAUUGUCGACAAUGGRUCCAUAGCAAGUUGGAAGAAAGAGGAACAAAACCCUUUGAAUUCGUUCAGACUGUUCCUUGUUAUGAUCCAACAAGAUCUGUCUCCAGUAGUCCGCUUGCUGGAUAUCCCCGAAAUCCUCAGACUGAGUCUUUGCUGAAGUUUCUCGAACUCCCUUAUCUUCUUGAUGACAUGUCAGUACCUGCUGAACCAUCUGGGAGUUCUAUUCCUUUCUCAGAUAGUGGUUUGUUCGUUGAUCGUGAAGACAUUCCGAUUGACGAUAUUGAUGAUGAUGAUUUGGAAGAAGAAACUGCAGAACCUGAAGAUGCUGGAACCAAAGCUGAAUUACAUUAACCUUGUAUCAUGGCAAUGCUUCCAAAAUCUGCCACAAUGAAUGAAGAUUGACCAUUUUAGCUUUUUUUCGAGCGAGAGAUUUUCAAGUGUCAUGCAGAUUAGAGAAUUUCCAUUGUCAAUAAUUGUCCUAUGCUCUUAAAAUUAUUCAUGAAAUGAAUUACAAGCUAAGGUCUAAAGCUUAUGAUAUUCAAUACUGGUGGAAAAUUUAUCAGUAAACUUCCAAAUGGAUGUUCCUAACAACGAUUUGGAAUAUUGAUAUAUUGACAAUGAGAAUGUUAAAGGCUCAAGUUUAUAGAAA